CAUCCAUGUGACUGAAUCACGCUUAACAUCAAAAUUUUCUUAUUUUGAUAAUAUUAGUGGCUUAAUGCUGACUGAUUUCUUAUUAAGCUCAAAUUAACAAAUUUGAUCUGGGCAGUGCCAACUAACUAAAGUCUCAACUGCUUACCAUUUCCAAUGUCCUGAAAACGCUAAACACUAAAAAUUUUCUUAAACAAUUCACUCUUUGAAUCACAAAACAAAAAUUCUGCACUCGUCUAAUUCUAUAUUAUUAAACAUCUUUGUUUAAUUUAUUAAUGUCUUUCAAGUUUCAAUCUAAGAAAAAAUCAACGGUAACUCUUAACAACUCGAUCUUGCUGUUGCUGUUGCUUUGGUGAGAAACCAAGCUCAGCUUCAAUGGGUGGUGACCAUCUUCCCUGCUUUACAUCUGAAGAUGAAUUAUCAUCCUUGGAUAAUGAUUACCCAGAUUACCCAUCUCAUCAUUCCUCGUUUUAUAGGGAUGGUUCAAGGAUGAGAGAUGGAGAUGAAGAUGAAUCGUUAAGUGGGCCAUAUGAGUUUGUUUCUAAAGAAUUUGAUGAAGUGAGUGAUGUAAUUUCUUCAAAUUCUGUGGAAUUUGAUGGAGAUUUGAGGAGGAGGAAGAUCUCUUAUAAUGAAAUUAUGAAGAACUAUGAUGAAUUAUGGGUUCGAAAAGAGGGUCUUUAUCAAGCUAAGAGUAAAAUUUUGAGAUACAGCCCUGGCUCAUGGAUCAGUAAUGCUGGUGGGAAGAAGCUCAGCAAUUAUGUCAUACCAAAAACAACUACACUCUUACUCAUUGGUCCUAAAGGAUCUGGGAAAAGCAGUCUGGUAAACAGAAUAUCAAGAGUGUUCGAAGAUGAUAGAUAUGCAUCAGAAAGAGCCCAAGUAACAUAUAACCAAUCUACUGGGGAAGGGACCUACUUCCUUCAGGAAUAUAUGAUCCCGAGAGGUUCAACUUCAUUUUGCUUGUUUGACACUCGUAGCUUGUCUGAGAAUGUUUCUGACAAUGAUGAAAUGCUCCAGCACUGGAUGACCAAAGGGGUUCGUCAUGGAGAGCUAAUUAUCAGGGAUUCAGAUGCCCCUAGUCUAAAAAUGUCACUGAAAUGCAAAGCUCAACAGAGUGGUUCUCCUUCCAGUGUAAUCAGAAAGGUCAACUUUGUUAUAUUCGUUGUAAAUGGAUUUCAAGUCCUUAGAUCUAUAAAUAGUGACAAGAAAGAAGACAGAGCUUAUGUGGAAAUGGUGGCCAAGAUUUUCAGUUGUCCUUAUAUGUCAUAUAAAGAUGAUAAGCCUGUUAUUGCAGUCACGCAUGGUGAUUUACUUUCCCUAGGAGACCGAGCACGUGUCCUUGUGUACCUAGGGGAGAAGUUGGGUAUCCCACCAGUAAAACAGAUAUUUGAUAUACCAGAGAACUCUGAUCCGACAAGUGAACUCGCAAUAGUUGACAUGAUAAGAUAUGCUUUGGAACAUGCAGACAAAUAUAUCCCUUGCAAAGAGUCUAGAGAUUGGGUUCACAGGAGUACUUUCUUUGUGGACGGUGUCAAAGAUAAGGUUUCUGGAACGUCCAUCUUGACAUUGAUAUUUGCAGCAGUACUUCUGGGAAUAGCCUGCAUUAUGAUGCCAGUGAAUCAAGUUCAUAAACAUAACGAACCCCUGGUGGCAUCUGCGAUAAAGUGGUCUUCAAAUAUCGCACAUCAUCCUUAUGCACCUCAUGAACCUCUUAUGACAUCUCAGUCAGAAUCGGGGUCAACUUCUGCUAAGAAUAGAGGAUAUGAGAAUGCAAAUACUCAAGCUAAACCUACACCUGCACCAACUUUACCCUCAGAAUCUGUUGUGGUGACAUCUGAAGCAACUCUGACCUCAAAAACCUUUGUACCUAAAUCUGAGCAAACUUUGCCCUCGGAAUCUGCUGUAAUUACAUCUGAGCCAACUUUACCCUCAGAAUCUGCUGUAAUUACAUCUGAUCCAACUUUGCCCUCAAAAUCCAUUUUAGAUUAUCCUCAUAAACGGAGAGAAUCUCGAUCAUCAUCUCCUGAAAAAGACCGUCAUAAGCGGCGAGAAUCUCGAUCAUCAUCAUCUCCUGAAAAUCGACAUCCUAAAGCAGCAGUAAAAUGGCACAAGAUUCGACACCUGUGGUUAGACACUGAUUAAGCUGGGUUGAAUUGAUGCUUCAGGCGGGCAGUGGGAUAAAAAUGUGUUGGUGACUUGGUGUGUGUAUAUGUAGCUUCCAUGUGCAUGAUAUAUGUAACUAUACCUAUACCUUAUGCUGACUAAUCUCGGUUUCAGUUUGUCAUAACAAUUUUUUUUAGGGUUUUCAGAUAUCAAAACAUUGAGUCUGAUAUUUUGCUGUAAAAAUUUGUCUAAGUGCUGUAUACUUUGUAUGACAUGGGUUUGUUAAUCAUAAUAAUAAGAUGGAGCCAGGAACUGUUGCUGGCGUGUAAUUGACCUUGUUUUGAGGUUUUUUUGGGUAAGAUAUAGGCUAUGUCUGACAAUUAGCGGAUAGAAGUUAGCUGUUAGUUGAUUGUAUUAACUGAUAGAUGUUAGGUGUUUGUAUAAAUAUGUUUGGUAAGUCGUUGAUAGCUGAUUGCUACAUUAUUGUGUAAAAUAAAUAAUAAAGGCAUUUGCAUAAUCUAUUGUUUAUAUUUUAUUAUUAAUUAA